AUGACACCAACAGGCCCGAGAGGCGGCGUACGGAUCUACCCAGAUAGACUCCCGCGAGAUGGAGAACGGACUUUUGGAAAGCGAAUGGGUGGAUUCGAUGCUCCGCGCGGACGGACACCCAGGCCCAACCACCAGCAGGAAACGGACGUCGAGAACGUCAGGGAGUCAGCAAGCAUCAAUGAGAAUCAGAGAACGCAAAGACGACUUCGGAAGCCAUUGCGAAGGAAUGAAAAGGGCGAGUUCGACCGCUCCACUCGAGGGGCUAGAUACGACUACACUACCCACCCUGAGGGCACCCGCGCCCUCCGUCGAGCGCUCAAGUACGGGCAUGAGGUAGAGCCUGCCGUACUAGGCCGGUCCAACUCAGCCAUCCGCCGAGCAGCUCACCGCAUAGCUUUCCAUGGGGACAAGAACCAUAACUCGGAAAAAGACCUCUUCAAGCGCGCCCCCUUUGACCGUACAUCUCGUCGUGCAGCUACACCUGAGCAUGAAGAAGAGCAAGAGCAUGGACUUUCAAUGCCUGAAGAAUUGCAGGAUGAUAUGGACCCGUCCACGGAGCCUCAUAGGCCUCGAUUCUCAAUGAGACGACCUCCCGAUAGACUAGACCGUGCAACAUAUGCAAACCGAACCUCUGGCGCAAGUAGUGGCACUCUCGAAGGCUAUGGAAGAGAGCUAUCUCAGAUUGAUGACGAGCAAUCACCACAUCGAGGUACAAGCGUUCCAUUGAGUAUGCCAUAUACUACACCGGCAUCCGAAUUCCUCUAUGGUACAUCUGUAAUUACAGCAGCUCUUCUGUCAUCACGAAGGAAGCUCUACAAGCUCUACGUCUACUGUGGAGAUAACAGAGAAGUCCAUGAGCAGGAUAGAAGGAUCCGAGAGUUAGCGUUGAAGUGUGGCGUAGUCGUUGAGAGAGUGAAAGGAGAUUGGCUGCGGUUGAUGGAUAAAAUGAGCGCAGGAAGACCUCAUAAUGGCUACAUAUUGGAGGCGUCUCCACUACCGAAGCUACCUGUCACAGGGUUCCGGGCUGUUGAAAAGCGGAAUGGAGCGUUUCAUGUCAUCUUGGACCACCAGUCACGCGAGGACGAAGCUGUGAACGGCACAAGCACCAUCAUAGCGUACGAGGUCGGCUUCCCAAGGUAUCCCUUUGUGCUCUUACUGGACGGCAUCCUUGACCCUGGAAAUCUUGGUGCGAUUUUGAGGACUGCCUUUUUCCUCGGCGUCGACACUGUUGCCAUCUCUAACCGCAGCAGCGCUCCCGUCUCUCCGGUUGCAAUCAAGGCUUCAGCUGGCGCUUCGGAGACCUUGCCCCUUGUGUCAGUAAGCCGGCCUGGAAAUUUCAUCGACGAAUGUAAAAGCAACGGUUGGAAGAUCUACGCAGCGGCUGCUCCAACCCCUGGCAAGCGGACUGGGGUCGGUAACUACUUCUCCACCUCUAAUCUGGGAAGCCCCCUUCGGAAUCAUCCAUGCCUCUUGAUACUUGGCGCCGAAGGCGAAGGCUUGCAUUGGAACAUACAGAGAAAGGCAGAUUUUGAUGUUGGAAUUGAUGGCCCAAGAAAUGGGCAGGGCAAAGUCGAUAGCUUAAAUGUCAGUGUUGCAGCAGGCUUACUGUGUGAGGCGUUUCUCCGUAAGCCUGCUGGGCGAAGGGAAGUGGAUGUAGAUGCACCGGUUGAUGAUGUAUCAUGGACCGUGAGCCCAGGACAUGGUGCCAAGGUCCAGAUGGAGAAUCGAGUCUUUUGA